CUGUAUAUAUGAUCGAACGUAUAAGUGGCGAGGGCCACAAUCACCAAGGCAACAGUCAAGUUACAAGGCUCAGCAAAAGUGUGCCUUACUUCCCCUGUCAGUAAUCGCUAUCAUCACUUACAACACGAACUCUCGAGGCGUAUCAUCGAUUUCUCCCAAGAAAAGAUAGUGUAAUGGCAGAAGAGUAUCCAGACUACGAAGACAACACCAAGUCAGGAUAUGAUUUUGGUAUCAGCUCACGGCCGAGGGUUGCGCAAUUCGAAAUAGACGAUGAGGUUAAGAUGAAAGUUACAUAUAAAGAUGAUGACAGUGAAGAGAUUACAGUGUGCAGACACUUUAAGAUCCGAGCAAGUCAGCGGAAUGCUCGUGGCCAUUGGGAAUACCAGCUGAACGACAGAUUCACCGGUGCGCAUUACAAAAGUAAUGACUGGUUUUCAGAGUCUCACCUGGGAUUGUUGUAGUAGAACUUGGCAUACAUGUUUGGCCUUGUGAGCAAUGCCCUCGACAGCCUUGUACAAUAAGGCUGUAUAAAUGUGCGGUCAUGGCGAGA